AGACUUUUCGCGCCACAUAAAAAGAAAAACUAUGAAGCGACGUGAACAUGGCGUCGUCCAGCAACAGCAGCAACAAACAACUUACUGACGAGCAAAUUAUCAACCGCUGGAGUUUUGACUUUUACGUUUCUAAAGCUUUCGAGGCGUUUCGAAAUGAAGACUAUGACAGUUUCACCCAGCUCAGGAACCUUAUCGAAAGUUUGGUGGUCAGACCGAUUGAUGGACACACUGACAUGGCCAUCAAACUGCGAUUCAUGCAGUUCCUCUCACGGAUCAACGAGGGAGACAAACUUGAUGUUACAUUUCAGAAGCCUCUAACACCUCUAGAGUCGGCACUGAGCGUGUUAGAGUCCAUCUGUACAGAAAUGGAUGUGGCUCAAGAGAUACUGGAGCAAGUUCACACCUCAAUCAGGGAAAUGCUUAUUGUUGUUUGCAUAAAAAGCAAACAGUUUGAAAAAGCUCAGGAGAUGCUGCUUAAACACUUUCCAAAAGGCAUGGAUUCAGCUGGCAAGAAAAAGCUGUACGUAGAUCUGAUGAAAAGACGAUGCAGCACACAUUCAGUUCUGAACAUGAUCUCGUACAGCGAAUUCAAACAGGACAUGCUGGACUUCAUUGACAAACUCCACCACAUUGCAGAGCCUUUUCUAGUCAAGUUGGUCAAGGUCUCGAGGCGAGGAAGGACAGUAGACGUUGGGGCCGCACGUGAGCCUCAAGCCGUUAGGAGUAUCAGCGUGCAGUCCUGUACACAGGACAGAGCGAACACUGAACAUACAGUUCUCCUGCACCAUUCUCCAUCCAAUUCGCAACAGAGCACACCAACCAAAAAUAACCUAAGAGCUCGUUCCCCUGCUGUUUUGGUAACAGUGCACCUGACCCGGGGCAACCUGAGGGCCAUCUAUCCCAAGCUUGCUGAGCACUUUUCUGUCUCUGUCCCCUUCACUCAGCUGGAGGAUGAGGUGGAGUGUGAGGCACAGCAGGAGAAUGAAAUAGAUCGUAACAUGGAACUUUGUCUCAAACUCACAGAGACUCCAAUGGAGGAGUUUUUGGAAGAAAAGGAGCAGAGUUUGUGCGUGUGUGAAGAAAGACCCUCUGAUGACAGUUUGCAGUCACAGCAGCGAUGCGUUGCAUCUUGUGUGCAGUCUGAUGCCAGCAGUCAAACUAAAGUGACCCUGAAACCCUACACAAACCAACAGGAGCAAGAAAGUUCAGAGGACACACCUUCACUAGUAGAUACACAUGUCCAUCCACCUGCUUCGUCUGCUGAGAAAGGCAAGAAGGGACCUGCUGGUGUUGUGUCUGCAGUGAGUGUAGCACAGUUAGUGAUGGAGGAGGACAGUCUGCUGAGUGAAACGUCUGAUUCUCAACAGACUCCCAGUUCACUGCAGGUACACUCUGACGGAGAGGAUCCCCUCAGCUCGCUGUCCGUCAGCUCUACACCUGUCCGGAAAUACCGCGGACCAGCUCCUCGCAGGAAGAAUAUCCGCAGUGAGCCAGAGCCUGCUUCCCACCAGCAGCUCGACAAGCCUCAGAACUGUUCCACCCCCAGCAGAGUGGACAACAGCCCUCCUCCUGCCCAACACACACCUAGUAAGAAAUAUCAGAAACAAGCAACGAAGAGGCAGCACACAGGGAGCGAAGGACAAAGUGAAGAAAGUGUAGAAAGCAUUGUGGUAGACUCUCCACCAUCAGCAAAACAGCCUGUAUCCUCCUUUAAACGGAGGCAUUGGAUGGAUGUGUCUGGAGCCCAGGAAGAGUGGAGUGAUGAGGAGUCACUGUUCAAUGUUUCCACUAAAACAACCAAAGGUCAAAGCUCAAAUGACAGCCAUUCCAAAAGGAAGAAGUGGACUGAUGAAGAGUCUGACUGGGUGAAGCAAGGAGUGGCUCGUUACGGAGAAGGACGUUGGGAGAGGAUUAGAAGUGCGUUUCCUUUCAAAGGCCGCACGGCAGUCAAUAUCAAAGACCGCUGGCGCACCAUGAAAAAAUUAAAGAUGGUGUAGGAUUGUAAACAUGACAACAUGUAAAUAAAACAAAUGUUAAGAGAUAUUUUUGUACAUACACUCACUGUCUACUUUAUUGGUGUCACCUGUGCACCUUCUCGUUCAUGUAGUUAUCCAAUCAGCCAGUCAUGUGACAGCAGCACAGUGCAUAAAAUCAUGCAGAUACAGGUCAAGAUUCUGAUGUUUGACGCGAACAUUAACUGAAGCCCUUGACCUGUAUCUGCAUGAGUUUAUGCAUUGUGCUGCUGGCACAGUGUGUACAUGUGUUCCUAAUAAAGUGGACAGGGAGUGUAUAUCUAAGAAGGUAUUUUUUGAAAUUGAAGAAGCUUUAUGUUAAUGCACAUGUGAAGAUAUUUGUUUUGAAUCCUUGUGUACAGCAUCCUGUCAAGGUUGAGUAAAAGUUGUAAUAAACAUCAAAAAGCAACACUGAUGUCGUUAGGGUACGUAUAAAAAUGUUUUUUUUUUUUUCUUUUUUUGGUUUUUUUUUUCCUCAGCAGUAUGUGACAGAGAUCUGUACCAGUUAGGUCUGAAUUUUAGAAGUGCAAAAAUGCCCCAGGUAACGAAAUGGCUGUGUUUCUAUAUAUUUAUAGAAAUGUGUAUAAUAUAAGUGAAAUGCUCGGUCAGGGAUAUUAAUUAUCCAAGUGCAGGUAUAAUGACCUUUCUAAUACAUUCAACAAAACUGUAGAUGUCUAUCUUUAAUCUACACUUGUAUAAAUGUUUAUACAUUUUUUCACGUGUGUGAUUAAAUUCCUGUACGCCUGCAUUUAAAUUUAAGUUUUACAGUGCAGCCCUUCAGAAAGGUGUGCAGGUAUGAAAAAAUGUCAUCUUUGCUCCUCUGUUGUAUAUUCUGAACAUAUUUUUGUUCACAGAACAUGAUUAAAAACAAAUCAUGUAAAGCA